UAUGAAGUGCGCAUGCCCCCACAACCACAUGGAGCACACGUGACUCGUAACCAGGCAACCCACAUUACAAAACUGUUGCUAGGUCUUCUUCAAGGUCGAUGAUCUAUAGUAUGCGUUACUAUAGAAACACAUCAACAACAAGUGCAACAACACAAGAAGUUUGCUAAAAUGUUCAUCUAUCUUAGCAAAAAGAUUGCUAUCCCCAACAACACAAGAAUCAAUGCAAUAGCUUGGAAUAAGGAAGAUGGUUACAUUGCGGUUGGUGGUGACGAUGGGUUACUCAAAGUCUUGAAGCUGGAUGCUGGGGGUGAGACUGACGGGGCGGCUAAAGCUCGGGGGCUAGUCGCAUCUAGCAAUUUAUCAAUGAACCAAACUUUGGAGGGACAUACCGAAAGUAUCCAAGUGCUAGUAUGGAACGAAACGCAUAAAAAAUUGACCACAAGCGACCAAAACGGUGUUAUUAUAGUAUGGAUGUUGUACAAAGGUGCCUGGUACGAAGAAAUGAUCAACAACCGAAAAAAAUCAACAGUUGUCGGAAUGGCCUGGAGCGCAGAUGGCCUAAAAAUCUGUAUAAUUUACGAAGACGGCGCUGUUAUCGUCGGCUCGGUUGAUGGCAACCGCAUUUGGGGUAAAGAAUUGAAAAAUAUUCACUUAUCGGGGGUGCAGUGGUCCCCCGACGGUAAACUGCUCUUGUUCAGCCUUAAGAACGGCCAAGUCCAUCUGUAUGACAACCAAGGGAAUUUUAUUAUGCAAAUUGAGAUUUUUUGUAAUGAAGUCACUUUAGAGUUAAUACCAGUGGUCGGACUCGAUUGGUACAACGGCCAAAACGGCUACAUGCACGCACUUUGCCCCAACCUGGCCAUUUGUUACGAAAACGGCCGCACGCAAAUUAUGCGCAAUGAGAGCGAUACAAAUCCUGUGGUUCUGGACACGAAAAUGAUCGCCGUUCACUGCAGCUGGAACCACAACGGAUCGCUGCUUGCCAUCGCCGGGCGACAAUACAACGACGACAAAGAAAUGAAUCUGGUCCAGUUUUAUAAUCCUUUUGGAGAGCAUUUGCGAACCUUGAAGGUUCCGGGGACUUCAAUCGCGUGCUGCGUCUGGGAGGGCGGAUCCUUAAGGGUGGCGUUAGCAGUGGAUUCAUUUGUUUAUUUUGCAAAUAUACGACCGGAUUACAAAUGGUGCUAUUUCAAAAAAACUGUCGUUUUCACGUGCUGUCGGCCACAAAAGCCGGGCAUUUGCGUUUCUUUCUGGGACAUAAGUAACAAUCAAUGUCACACGGUUUAUGUCCCAAUACUUAUAGCUUUGUCGGGGUACGGAGAUCACUGUGUUUUAGUCACGCGAUCCGAACUUGACGAAUCUCCAGGACAGUAUGGUUUAAUAUUAUGUAAUACGUUGGGGACCGCAGUUGAUGGUAAAUACAUCGAUAUUGAACCAAUCGCCGUGACAAUGAACUCGACUCAUGUCAUUGCAACUUCCAAAAACAACUUCAUCGUCUGGCAGUACAAAACUCCAAAAUCGUCAUCAGUAGUCACAGGGGCUAGAAAUAAGUGUCGAAUGUUUCAUAUUGACGAUAAUCCGACAGGGGCGGUUGAAGUGAUCCAAGAAUUGGACAGUUUAGAUAAAAUUGUUGUAAGCACACACAAUAGCUCCGAUCCGGCUUGUUGUAUCGCUUGCAGUGAUAAGUGCUUAAUAAUUGGACGCGAGUCUGGAUUGUUGCAAUACUACGCUUUACCCCACGUUGUACUUACCAAUAAGUACAAAAUAUCAACACGGCCACACAAAAUCGCAAUUAACUGCAACUCAACGCGUUUGUCUGUCAUUGACGUAGCCGGGGUUAUGACGGUUCUCGACACUUCUGAUGCCAUAGGACGGCCGUCUAGCACCACCGAUAACAAACUGGAGCGUAAAGACGUCUGGGCGAUGUGCUGGGCCUCAGACAACCCCCAGCUGCUCUCAAUUAUGGAAAAAACGCGAAUGUAUAUUUUUAAGGGGAUUUAUCCCGAGGAACCGGUGUCUUGUUCCGGUUACAUUUGCAGUUUUAAUGAAUUAGAGAUUCAAGCUGUGCUCCUAGACGAAAUAAUGGAGUCCCCCGAACGCCCGAACAGUAAAGACCAUUUGAUCAAGCUGGAGGUGAAAAGCUUGCGGGACACAAGACAACUACUCGAAAAAGUUGGUAUUAAUGAAGCUUCGCUUUUCAUCGAAGAAAACCCACACCCAAGAUUAUGGCGUUUGUUGGCUGAGGGGGCUUUGCGCGAAAUGAAUCUAUCGAUGGCUGAAUCGGCUUUUGUCCGGUCGCGGGAUUACGCCAGAGUUUUGUUUGUGAAAAAGUUAAAAGAUAUUAAUUCGAAUGCGAUUAGAAAAGCCCGCAUUGCGACCUAUUUUAAGAAUUUCGAUGAGGCCGAAAAAACGUACAUGGAAGCCGACAGGAGUGAUUUGGCUCUCAGCUUAAGACAAACGCUAGGUGACUGGUUCAGAGUGAUCCAAAUUUUGAAAAACGGAACGUCGGCUCCUGACUAUCUUCUCAAAACUGCGUACAAUUCCGCGGCUGAAUAUUUCGUACAUUUCAACAACUGGGUCACUGCUGUUGAAUAUUACGAACUCGCCGGAAAUAUGGCCGAAAUGAUCGAAUGUUACUACCACCUAGAAGACUACAAGAAACUGGAGUCUUUUGUGCAAAUUUUGCCCGAAGGCGACCCACUUUUGAAAAAAAUUGGGGACAUAUUCGCUACCAAUGCUGUGAUUUCUGAGGCCGUUGAAGCUUAUUGCAAAUUUGGUAACGUAAAUACGGCAAUCGAGUUGUGUAUUGCACACAACAGGUGGAACACGGCUAUCGAGUUAGCGAAAAAAUAUAACAUGACUAAAAUUUCGGACCUUUUCGUCAAAUACACCACACAUUUGGAAGACCAAGGCUCCCUUUUCGCCGCAAUUGAUGUCAACAUUCAAGCAAAAUUUUAUUUACACGCAGCUGAGCACGCUUAUAAGUUGGCCGAUCUGGAAAGCAAAAAGCAUAAUAAAAAUCUGCUAAAAGUGAAAAAACAUUACGUCUACGCUGCCAGAUUACUACAAAUGCAUAAGAAAACACCAAAUCCUGCUGAAUGGGCGUCAGACCCGACAGUUUAUGAAAAUGCCUGGAAAGGGGCAGAAGCAUAUCAUUACUACAUGCUUGCGCAGGAGCAGCUAUACAGCGGGAAAUUGCAUGAUGCUCUAUGUACAGCCUACAAACUUCAAGAUUACACCAGUUAUCUCAAUGCACUUGAUAUUUAUUCAUUGCUGGCCUUAACGGCUUGUUUGGACCGGUCUUUCGGAAUUUGCUCAAGAGCUCUCAUAAAACUCACGAGCUUGCCGGAAGUCAGUGAAGCCGUUAGAAAUCAAUACAAAAAGCUGGCGUGGGACAUAUUUAUGAAAAAUGAACCGAAAGAUUUGAAACAAAUCAAACUUAAGUGUUCCAACUGUGGAGAUUCGACGUCUGAUUGGAGAACAAGGUGUCCCAAGUGCAAGAUCCACUUCCCCACAUGUAUUGCGUCGGGACGUUCCAUAAUUGAAGAAUUGAGCAACACGUGGCUUUGCUCACAUUGCCAUCACCCAGCUUUUGAAUCCCAAAUGACUUUUCAUAACGUUUGUUUACUCUGUCACGCAAAUAAAUAAAACACUGUUCAAUCGAUUUAAUCCCUCUUGAUAUGACAAAAAAUAAAAACGUCUAUUGAAGUAA